AUGUUCAAACGGGUAGGAGGAUAUUCUGUCCGAUGCGCAUGCAGGAGACCUGUCUUCCGAAAGCAAAUCACUGUCCGCCAGUUUUCUGUUUAUACAAGCGCAAACGCUUCUGCGGUGUCGACAGCGUCUCCCUUGGGCGGAUUAACGGUUGAGCUCGACCGGAUCGCUCCUCGUUUUGAAGUGCCAGCCUCGAAAAUUACAAUUUUGGACUCUCCCAGCUCCUUUUAUGAGACAUUGAAGCAUAAAAUCAAAAAUGCCCGGAACAGAAUUUAUCUGUCUACUUUGUAUAUCGGCAAAACAGAGUAUGAGCUUAUCGAAACAUUAAACCAAGCAUUGCGCGACAAUCCGAACCUCAAAGUAUCUAUCCUCACCGAUUGUCUGCGAGGCACUCGAGAGACCCCGAACCCUUCGUCGGCAUCACUUCUGGCGCAACUGGUCAAGGAACAUGGCUCCGAUCGCGUUGAAAUUUGUAUGUUCCACACUCCUAAUCUUACGGGGUUACGCAAGAAAUACAUUCCGCGCCGGAUCAAUGAGGGAUGGGGUCUUCAGCAUAUGAAGUUGUAUGGUAUUGAUGAUGAGAUUAUACUUUCUGGAGCCAAUUUAUCCAAGGACUAUUUCACCAAUCGUGUCGACCGAUACCAUGUUUUUGCUUCCAAAGAACUGACCGAUUACUACGCCGAAGUUCACAAUGCAGUAUGCCAAUUAAGUUUCAAGGUCAUCCCCAACUCGAAGCUUUCUGCAGGUUAUGAGCUGGUUUGGCCUACCUCUAAUGGAUCACUCUCGCCUUUGGACAAACCGGAAGAUUUCAUUAUUCAUGCGUCAUCAAAAUUACACCCAUUGAUCCAACCUACUCUCGAGAAGAAACUCACUUCUAUUCGUGAGUCAGAGCAAACUUUUGUAUACCCCGUGGCUCAGUUUACACCUUUACUGAAGCCCGACACAUCCACCGAAUUUCCUGCUGUUUUAAAUAUACUCCGCCUGCUUAAAAGCGCACCUGCAUUCAAAGAUUCUCAAUGGCUAUUUACUGCCGGCUACUUCAAUAUACACCCUGGUCUUUCGUCAUUGUUGAUAGAAAGUACAUCGCAAAAUUCCACAACAUCGAACCAUACAACGAAAACACAGGGCACGGUCCUCACCGCAUCACCGUGGGCUAAUGGAUUCUACGGCUCUUCAGGAGUAUCUGGAAUGCUUCCAGCAGCCUAUACACAUCUUUCAGCAAAAUUCCUUGACUGCGUUGCAGCAGCACAGCGGACUAAUUCAAUUCAAUUAAAAGAAUGGCGCCGCGGGACGGUUGGUGAACCCGGUGGCUGGACGUAUCAUGCAAAAGGCCUUUGGAUCACACUGCCCAAUGAGAAAUAUCCUAGCCUGACUUUUGUCGGCAGCAGUAACUACACAAAGCGCAGUUACAGUCUUGAUUUAGAGGUUGGCGCUCUUGUAGUGACGUCCGACGAGAAAUUGAAAAGGCGUCUUGGAGAAGAAACAGAAUGGUUGCAAAGCAAUGCGCAACCUGUUUCGAGAGAGGAUCUUCGCAGGACAGAGCGAAGGGUUGGGUGGAAUGUGCGUCUUGCGAUGUGGAUCGUCGAGAAGGUCGGCGGUGCACUAUAA